AUGGAAUCGGGUCUAUACCACCUGCAGCCCGGUCUAGAUCCCCUUCAACGUCCAUAUGUCGCCCCCCUGACGAGUGCGGAACCUGAUGAACCAUAUGCAUUCCUCAAGACCUUUGACACCAUUUUCUUAAUUGACGAUAGCAACGAACCACUUUGGUAUGAAACUCGGGCAGCCCUUGCUGCCCUCCCCACCUGCAAACUCUGUGAUUCUUCUGGUUUUGUCAAUUGUCACGGGCUCUACCUGUGCUACAAUUUACGGAGCGAGUAUCGGUAUUACAAUCGAAGAGGUCGGGGCAAACGCAAAAAUGAAGCAUUCUGGACGGAUUUUAAUUCAAGGCCCGAUACGGAUAUCUUCGAUGGACGCGAAUGUCUUUUUGAAGACGAGAACGGCAGCCUCAAAACGCCAGCGCUCGCAAAUCUCGACACUGGACUCAAGGUCCCAGGUGGUUUAAUCAUGUCGUCCCAAUACGCCAAAGAGAUCGGACGUUUUCAGGACAUUUCGGAGGAUUUCGUCGACCCGUGUCUGCGGAGUAUCUCAGGCCACCUCACCCCAGUGACUGGAGUGCUCCGAGACGUGGUUUUCCGGGUCAAAGGAUCGUCCGUCACAUUCAGGCGCAACUUCUUCGUCUGCGAUGCCAUCGACGGUCUGGUCGACAUCAUGUUCGGCGCCCACUUCAUCACCGACCAGUUCAAGAUGUUGUUUGGACGGGUGAAAGAAUGUCUCGGCACGUUUGCAACAUGGUUCUCGACCCGGAAGGAGACCAAUCAGGAAAGAGAGGAGAGAGAGCGCCGUGAGCGCGAUCAAAAAAUCAAGGCGAACGAGAGGGAGAUCGCGCGUUUGCGCAGGGAGCAGCAGAUGCUGGAGGCUGCGAACAGGCAGAGUCAAGGAGGUGGCGCUGGCCAUGGCCAGUGA